AUCCUUAACCCACUGAGUGAGGCCAGGGAUCAAACCUGCAUCCUCGUAGAUGCUAGUCAGAUUCGUUUCUGCUGAGCCACAAUGGGAAUUCCCAAGUGUUCCAUUUUAAAUAGACUUAUUUUUUCAGGUGGGUAAAACUUUAAGUAAUGGUACUCUAAAAUUGCCAGUAGUUGACAUAUAAUCAUUUUAUAACUUCUAUGCUUUGUAUCAAAUAUUAUCUAAUAUCAGUCAUUUUAUUUUUAAUUAUUGAGGUUUUUUUUUUACCCAAAUAGUCUGUAGUAUUACUUAUUAGGAAAAAAAGCAAAAGUAAGACUUUCUCUUACUUAUGAACAACAAAGCUACAUGAAGAAGGGUAAGUCUGGGAGUUUCUGCUAUGACGCAGUGGUUUAAUGAUUCACCUUGUCUCUGCGGAAGCUCAGGUCCCAUCUGUGGCUUGGUGCAGUGGACUAAGGAGAUGCCAUUGCUGCAGCUGUGGUGUAGGUUGAUGCUCAGGCUCGGAUUUGAUCCAGGGAAUGUCCAUAUGCCUCGGGGUGACCUAAAAAUUCUUCUCCAAGAAGGUUAAGUCUGUGCUGCCCAACAAUGUAGCCGCUGACCAGAUGUGGCUACUGAGCAUUUGAAAUGUGCCUGGUUUGAACUGAAAUGUGUAAAUGUAAAAUACCAAGCAGGUUCCAAAAACCCAGGAGACAAAAAAGGAUGUAAAAUACAUCUGAUUAGCAAUUUUUAUAUCAAUUACAUGUUGAGAUGAUAAUGUUUUGCAUAUGUUUGGCCAAGUAAAAUACAUCUUUAAGUUAAUUUCACUUGUUUCUUUUCACUUUUUUAAUAUGAUUGCUAGAAAAUCUGAAAAUCCAUAUGUGGCUUUGCAUAUGUCUAUUGGACAGUGCUGGGUUAAGUGAUUACUCAGGGAUAAAAGAAAGUAUCAGUGUGAGUGGAACCAAGCAGUUCACAGCAGAUCUGAUCAUCAGUGAAAAACAUUCUUUUUUCAGUGAUAGAGUUAAAUAGUGAUGUGAUGACAAUUCUACCAUUUUCUCAAAGUUCUGCCCUGUAGUCGUAAAAACCACGGGAAAAGGCAUUUCCUCCUCCAGAGAGAUUCCCAGACUGAUUUUUCACUACUCGGAAAUGUGGGCCCCAGGAUGACAUAUCAAGAACAACAAAAAGGACAAGGCUUUCUUGUAUGGCUUUCAAGGCAGAUGGCACCGGUCCGAGCAGUGGUCACUUGUGCAGAUCUCCCAUCUCUGCCAUUGGGCUGACGAUCUACAGUGCAGCAGUGCAAAGCCAAAGGGCACCCACGAGUUCAUUACAUAAUUCUUGGCAGCGUGAGGUCAAGUGUGUAUCUGUGCUGGGGGACAGUCGGCAGGCUCUGUCAGGCAGACCAAGGCCGUCAUGAUGAUGUUUUCACAGAGUGUGUGCUAGGGGUUGUUUGUUUGGAAAAAGACUGACCAGCUUUUUCUUCCCCCUCCUCCCUCUCUUUCUUUUUACCCUUUUAAACACUCUGGCAUAAUACUGAAUGACUUUGUUUUUAAACUGUCUUAGCCUUGCUUUGUGAAGAAAAAGCCCGAGUAUUCUUUCCCUGUAGGACACAAGUGUUAUUUUUGGAGCAGAGAUUCUUAGCCUGAUCUCUGUCUAAACCAAUUUCUGUUCCUUAUGAGGUCGUGGUCUGAGGUGGGGGGAAGCUCUGAGGGAUCUCCAUGGAGGGAAGCUUCCCAGCUUCGUGAGAGAGCCUGGGCUGAGAUGUCCAGGGGCCAUACCUGGAGUUUCACUGCUUGGGGUCUCCACACAUGGCUCCUUCGCCUUCAGAUCCCCCUUUUUAGGCUUGUGCCCUUGGAACGGUCUCGACCCCAUGCUGUGAAGUGGUAUGAUUUUCCUGCUGAUGUCACUUCAUGGGAUGUUUUGGAUCAAGGUCACCCCCCUCAUUAAAUCGGGUACUUCAUUUUUAUUUAUUUACUUAUUUGUUGGUGAAUGUUCAUGGUAGCUUUAUUUAUUUAAUAAUCAGGUACUUCCCACCACAGAUUCCUCAGAACUAAGAAAGCCAAGGCUGGAGGAUCUUUGCAGCCUGUUGAGGGUUCCACUGACAGUGGGCGAGCCCCAGCCCACUCUGAGGGCCACCACUUGGUCCCCAAGGACCUCUGGGAACAAGUCUCAGGACUCAUAGCUCAGAGCAUCCCCUGCUGUAAUCCGCUCUGUGUCAGGCUGUUAGACACAAGGAAGAAAACCUUUUCCCAGUUCCACUUGCUGACCUGUUAUUCCUAGGAGUUUACAUAGCUUGCACCUGCUGGGAAACACAUAAAAUCAGACACAGCUGAAAAUACUGCUAACAGCAACAAAUAACGUGCCACCUUAUUAGGAUUCCUUUCCUUUGGAAAUUGGUAGCUGGGUGGAUUCAGGGAGCAGGUGUGUAUGAGAAAGGUCCCAUGAUGCUCAUGUAGACCCAGCAGGUGUUGCAGGCUGCUAUAGGCUUGCUGGGUGACCUGUGAUGCGCCCUUCCCUGGCCGGCUAUACAUAGCCAGCAAAGCUUCUUAGAAGAGAAACCUCUUUCCUCACCCUCCACCAGUCCCACCCGCCGACCAGAAGACUUGCUGUAAAUCCCCUGGAAGUUUCUGCAUCUUGGUUGGAACGGAAAGCAGCCAGCUAGUCCCGGGACCUGAGCGCCUCCCCGCUGCAACCCUCCAUCCUUCUUGAUCUGUGCCAGGGGAGCACGUUCGGUGCUCAGCCAUGGUCGACAUGGGGGGCCUGGACAACCUGAUCGCCAACACCGCCUACCUGCAGGCCCGGAAGACCUCCGACGCAGACAGCAAGGAGCUACAGCGUCGGCGCCGGAGCCUGAUGCUUCCCGGGCCGCAGAGCUGCGAGCAGCUCCGCCAGGCGAUGCCCGCCGACUUCAACAGCCUAUGUGAGCAGCAGCCCAUCGGCCGCCGUCUCUUCCGGGACUUCCUAGCCACCGUGCCCGCCUACCAGGAGGCCAUGGGCUUCUUGGAGGAGGUGCAGAGCUGGGAGCUGGCGGAAGAGGGUCCCGCCAAGGGUAGCACACUGCAGGCGCUGGUGGCAACUUGUGCAGUUGCCCCAAACCCGGGGCAACCACACUCCUUCCUCAGCCCAGCUCUGGUCACCAAGUGCCAAGCGGCCACCACUGAUGAGGAGCGAGCAUCCCUGGUGGAGCAGGCCAAGGCCGAGGCCAUGGCCUUCUUACAGGACCAGCCCUUUCGAGAGUUCCUGGUCAGCCCCUUCUAUGACAAGUUUCUGCAAUGGAAAGUCUUUGAGAUGCAGCCGGUGUCAGACAAGUACUUUGAGGAGUUCCGGGUGCUGGGGAAAGGUGGUUUUGGGGAGGUAUGUGCUGUCCAGGUGAAAAACACUGGUAAGAUGUAUGCCUGUAAGAAACUGGACAAGAAGCGGCUGAAGAAGAAGAGUGGCGAGAAGAUGGCUCUCUCAGAAAAGGAAAUCUUGGAGAAGGUCAGCAGCCCUUUCGUUGUGUCUCUGGCCUAUGCGUUUGAGAGCAAGUCCCAUCUCUGCCUGGUGAUGAGCCUGAUGAAUGGGGGAGACCUCAAGUUCCACAUCUACAGCGUGGGCGAGCGGGGCCUGGACAUGAACAGGGUGAUCUUCUACUCGGCCCAGAUGACGUGCGGCGUGCUGCACCUCCACUCCCUCGGCAUCGUCUACCGGGACCUGAAGCCUGAGAACGUGCUUCUCGAUGACCUCGGCAACUGCAGACUGUCUGACCUGGGGCUGGCCGUGCAGAUCCAGGAUGGCAAGCCCGUUACCCAGAGGGCUGGAACCAAUGGUUAUAUGGCUCCUGAAAUCCUAAUGGAAAAAGCAAGUUAUUCCUAUCCUGUGGACUGGUUUGCAAUGGGAUGCAGCAUUUAUGAAAUGGUCGCUGGACGAACACCAUUCAAAGAUUACAAGGAAAAAAUCAGCAAAGAGGAUUUAAAGCAAAGAACACUGAAAGAAGAGGUCAGAUUCCAACACCAAAGCUUCACAGAGGAAGCAAAAGAUAUUUGCAGACUCUUCUUGGCUAAGACACCAGAGCAACGCUUAGGAAGCAGAUGGGCCUCAUGUGAUCCGUUGAAGGCCCUCACAGAAAAAAGACUAACCUUCCUGGGAGAAGGAAUUCCACCAGCAAAUCACCUUUGAACUUGAACUGCAAAUCUUCCCUGGGUCGCCAGCCACCCAGCCUACAUUGCAGAAUUCGAAGGUGCCAAACCUCCACCAUUGCCUGAGCCAAUUCCUUAAAAUAAAGCUUCUCUCUCUCUUAUAUAGAUACAUAUGUAUUGUAUGGAGAGGGAUACUUUUCCUCUACCCUCUUAGAUUUGGGAAUGGAGGCCUGAAAAAUUAAACCGACAAUAGAUGAUUAGCAAGAGAAAAGAGAGUUUUAUUUAUGAACAUACACAGGAGUUCACAGAAGAAUGUGAACAAGAGGCAGUUAGAACUGGGGACUAACAUACCAUCCUUCUUUUUUUUAAACAUGCCAUCUUAAUAGGGAAAGGGAAUGGGGGAGAAGUUCACUUAGAGGAAAACAAAUGACUUAGAAAUGGUAGGGGAGGAGUUCCCAUCGUGGCUCAGAGGUAACCAACCCAACU